AUGGAACACGAGAAAGGAACAGAUCAUGUCGAGAAUACCCCCCGGCCCUCUGGCCAUGAGGUCGUCGCCAGCAGCGAGGCCCAGGCUGCCCUCGACAAGGAGCACACCAUGACUGCCCGUCAAGCCUUCAAGAUCUACCGCAAGGCCGUCGGCUGGUCGCUGCUCAUGUCGUGCGCCAUCAUCAUGGAGGGCUACGACGUUGUCCUGAUCGGCUCUUUCUUCGCCUACCCCCAGUUCAACAAGAAGUACGGCCAUAUCAUGUCCGACGGCGACUACGGUCUCGACGCCAAAUGGCAGGCCGCCAUGACCAACGCCAUGGCCUGUGGCCAGAUCAUCGGCGUGUUCCUCAAUGGCGUCGUCUCUGAACGCUUUGGAUACCGCCGCACGCUGAUGGCCUGUCUCGUUGCCACCGUGGGCUUCGUCUUCAUCCUCUUCUUCGCGCCCAACGUCGGCGUCCUCGUGGCCGGCGAGCUGCUGAUGGGCAUUCCCCUCGGCGUAUACCAAACCCUAACUGUCACGUACGCCUGCGAGGUCUGCCCCGUCGCCAUCCGCGCAUACCUGACCACCUAUGUCAACCUCUGCUGGGUCCUCGGUCAGCUCAUCGCCUCUGGCGUCCUUAAAGGCCUCCAAGCCCGCACGGACGAAUGGGCCUACCGCAUCCCCUUCGCCCUCCAAUGGGCCUGGCCAGUCCCCAUCUUCAUCGGCGUCUGGCUCGCCCCCGAGAGCCCCUGGUGGCUCAUCCGCAAAGACCGCCGUGACGACGCCAUCAAGGCUCUGAAACGCCUCACCGUCUCCAACGCAGACCCUACCUCCUUCAACCCCGACGAAACAGUCGCCAUGAUCGCCUACACCAACGCCCUCGAGAAGCAGGUCGAGACCGGAACCUCCUACCUCGACUGCUUCCGAGGCGUCGACCUCCGCCGCACCGAAAUCGCCUGUCUUGUCUGGGCUGCCCAGAGUCUCUGCGGCUCUGGUCUAAUGGGCUACUCCACCGUCUUCUACCAGCGCGCCGGCCUGGCAAUCUCGCAGUCCUUCACAAUGUCCCUAGUCCAAUACGCCAUCGGCGUCGUCGGCACCUUCGCCUCCUGGGGUAUGAUGACAUACUUCGGCAGGCGAACUCUCUAUGUAGUGGGACUAGCAGCCCUCGCUUCUGUGCUGUUGGUCACCGGCUUCAUCUCCAUCGCGCCUCCAACAACAGCCUUGUCCUGGGCAACGGGGUCCAUGCUCCUCGUGUACACUUUCAUCUACGACUCCACCGUCGGCCCCGUCUGUUUCUCGCUUGUGGCUGAGAUGCCCUCGUCGCGGCUGCGCACUAAGACGGUUGUGCUGGCGCGGAAUGUGUAUAACGUUCUGAACCUGGUGACCGGGAUCAUCAUCCCGUAUAUGCUGAAUGUGGAUGCGUGGGAUUGGCGCGGCAGGUCUGGGUUCUUCUGGGGUGCGCUGUGUAUUUGUUGUCUGUCUUGGUCGUUUUUUAGGCUGCCUGAGCCUAAGGGGAGGUCGUAUGCUGAGUUGGAUGUUUUGUUUGAGCGGAGGGUGAGGACUAGGGAGUUCUCUAAGGCGGAUACGGGGUUGGUGGAUGCUGGGGAUGGGAAGGUUGCUGUUUGA